GAAGCUCAAGUGGAAGAAAGAUGAAGUUUAUUGCUGCGUUGCUGGCUCUAGUGUGGACCACUAGCCUCGAGUGCGGGGUGGAGGCGCGUCGGGCGGUGGGGGUCUUCCAACCGGACACGUUCCGACUCGCGGAGACGGAGGAUUUAUAUUGGGGGGCGAGCUCGGCGCAGCACGCGCGGCAGUUGGUGCACGACAACGUGUGGGCGACGCUGUCGACGAUCUCGGUGCAGUUCAAUGGGGUCCCGUACGGAAGCACGGUGUCGUACAGCGACGGGAUUGGGUACUCGAAGGAGGAGUCGACGGGCAAGCUCUUCUUCUACAUCACGCCGAUGGAUGCAGCUGGAUCGGACCUCAGUGUGAAUUCUACUGCGUCGGUGGCUAUCUCGAUGGCGCAGGGCGGAGAACACGCGUGCAAGAUGGACGUGGAAGACCCAACGUGCUGGAAGCUCACGCUGACGGGGAACGUGGUGCCUGUGCCCGUGGAUCAGCGCCAGUACGCCGAGAAAAUUUUGUUCUCCAAGCACCCGCAGAUGAAAGACUGGCCGGAGAAGCAUGGAUUCUUGCCGUACGUUCUUGACAUUGAGAACAUCAUCUUGCUCGACUUUUACGGCGGCGCGAAGCACGUUCCUGUGAAGGAAUACUACCAGGCCAAGCUAUAAACGCGUGCUCUGAUCGUGCGAGUGUCCGGUGGUUAAGCUGAAGGAUGUCCUUCGAUAGUGAAGUCAGAAGUGUGUAUGAGCGAAUAAAAUUCAAGGAUGUGGGAGAUGAACUUCGCUGAAACGUGGUGCGGCAGGCAUCGUUUCCACGAUGGUGUCGCGCGCUUGAGCGUACUUGGCGCAUCCUAUUUUUUG